AUGGCUACUCUCGCAGAACACCCUAUGCAUUCGACCGCUUCGCCUAUGCCGAACAUGCCCGGUAAUUACGACCAAGACCUCGACUCCUUUAUCAAUUUCGACCAACUCACCUACACUUCCGCCGACGCCCGCCCUAAGGUCGCCCAGGCUAGCCUGCCCUUAGUCCCAAGCACAGAGUUCAGUGCCGGUGAUGCCCGGAGUGCCAGCUUCGCGUCCAGCGGUCAAUCCCCGAUUGCCUUCCAGGGCCCUAGUCACCACUACGAGGACCACCGCCAGCAGACUGGUCUGCCACCGGGUGCUUUAUCGAUGACCUAUAACCAGGUCAACCCUGUGGGCUUCAACAACGGUCCUCAAGGGUACCCCGUCAACGGCGAAAUGUUCACAAGGCAAAUGAAGCGCGAAGAUGUCCCCUUUGACUUCAACACUGCACCAACACACAACCCAUCUGAGAUGGACGUCGAGUCGGACGGUAUGAACAACGCCCCCUACUUCUUCGCGGCAAACCCCGGGAAGAGCCAAUAUGUCGACCCCAACGCUCUCGGCGGCCAUGAGCUGGCUCAGGCUGGCCCGUCCACGCAGGUCGGUCGCAUGUACCCCGGUAUGCAUCAGCAGCAGGCUGCGAUGGCUGCCAAGGCUGCUCAGCAACAGAAGCAGAACGACGUGCUCCGACAGCAGCAGAUGCAGCAGCGUCGCGUGGAGGAAGGCCAGAACGCUCCUAACCGGAACGCCCGUGGCAACGACCCCAUCGUUGAGGAGCGGAUCUCUCGUCUCCUCCAGCAGAUGCGUCAGAAUGCCAUCGCUGCUGGCGAGGCCUCUCCCUCCCCAUCCUCCAUGCUUCCCCACAUGGCCAAGUCCAAGAAGGACGAGGCCGACAUGGAUGAGGAUGAGCGCCUCCUCGCCAGUGAGGAGGGCAAGAAGCUCAGCAGCAAGGAGCGGCGCCAGCUGCGGAACAAGGUGUCCGCCCGUGCUUUCCGCUCCCGUCGUAAGGAGUACAUCGGUCAACUCGAAAGUGAAAUUGCUUCCCGCACCAACGAGGCUCAUGAGCUACGCCUCCAGAACCGCCAGCUGUUCGAGGAGAACGCCCGCUUGAACGACUUGGCUCGCAUGCUCCUCGGCUCCCCUCACUUCGCCAACUUCCUGAAUGAGAUGCCCGACAACACUGUGCCGCCCCAGAUUCAGGCUCAGCAACAGCCUCAACCCCAGCCUCAGCCCCAGCAAGCUGCCCCUCAACCCAACAUGCAGGUCCCCAAGGAGGCCAACCGCCACCAGGAGUUCCAAAUGCAUCAGAACCCCCAGGCCAAUAUGGUUAUGGUCCCCAACCAGGGCAUGGACACCGCCAUGAUGAACAACGCUGGCUGGAACUCGGGUAUUGACAUGAACUAUGGCAACACCUCAGUCUUUGCGGUGCUCGACGUUCCCGAGGGUCCCGCUCUCGACGCUGCGGCUCUCUCUGGAAAGUCGUCACCGAGUGUGUCCGACAGCAAGGAUGAGGCACCUGUUCUCGACCGUCCCGAGAGUCAGACCCAGCAGUCCGACGUCGGUGUCGCUAACCCGGACGUCGUGAUUGACGAGUCCGACCCUGCCUUUGCUCUCUUUGUCGAUUCCCCUGCGCCUACUACUACUUCUUCUGAUGAUGUUUCCUUCGAUGGCAUUCAAACUGAGAAGCCGGCUUCCCACUUCGAGCUCGUCGUAGAUCAAACCGCCGCCAGCCAAAAUCGGUUUAACUACCUCUGCUCCAGCAUCGAAGCCGCCUUUGAUCGGGUGUCCUUGAUCACCUCCCACCUCCAGCGAUUCCCCAAUUAG